AUGUUGUAUAACGUUACUAUUUUUUGGUAUUACUUUCAGACAUAUAAAGCCGAAUAUCUAUCUAUCUAUCUAUCUAUCUAUCUAAUUGUAAUUAUUCCACUGUACAUCCAAUUGACUAAUAUCUAUCUAUCUAUCUAUCUAUCUAUCUAUCUAUCUAUCUAUCUAUCUAUCUAUGUGUUUAUUGGACGGGAGGGAGUGGCGCUUUUUAGAAGUCUAGCAGAAAAUCUAUUCAUGCCUAUCUAUCUAUCUAUCUAUCUAUCUAUCUAUCUAUCUAUCUAUCUAUCUAUCUAUCUAUCUAAUCUGUUCAUGUCUAUCUAUUUGAGUCUGUUCACAUCUAUGUCUCUUAAUCUAUCUAUCUAUCUAUCUAUCUAUCUAUCUAUUCUAUUCGCAAUCAUUUCCUAUUUAUCUAUCUAUUCUCAGCCAUUUUCUUUCCUUCUAUUUAUCUAUAUAUCUAUCUAUUUUCAGUACUUUUCUAUCUAUCUAUCUUUACACUUUUUAUAUUCAGACUUUUAUCCACAUCUUGAAAUUAUUAUCUAUCUAUCUAUCUAUCUAUCUAUCUAUCUAUCUAUCUAUCUGUGUCCAUUCUUCUUAUCUAUUUAUCUAUGUUCAUUUUUAUUAUCUAUCUAUCUUAGUUCUAUCUAUCUAUCUAUCUAUCUAUCUAUCUAUCUAUGUUCAUUCUUAUUAAUCUCUCUCUCUCUCUCUCUCUCUCUAUCUAUCUAUCUUUUUCUAUCUAUCUAUCUAUCUAUCUAUCUAUCUAUCUAUCUGUACCCCUACAUCUAUCUAUCUAUCUAUCUAUGCCCCUACAUCUAUCUAUCUAUCUAUCUAUCUAUCUAUCUAUCUAUCUAUCUAUCUAUCUAUCUCAGCAGGUUAAAUGAACCGCUUUCCCGCACGUUUGCAUAUGAUCAAAAUAUUGUUCUCUGCCUAGGAUCGAUACAUCGCUCCCGGUACUUAUGUACAAGAACAAAAUAUCACUAUUCGAUGCAGAAAACUAAUGGGUCACUCUCCGGAACUUCUUCUUACGAUCAGAAUGUGUUUGUUUUUCGUGCUUAUGAUCAAGGAAUAACUUCCGGUACAUCUAUCAUCAAAAUUUCAAUUUUCUGCCAAGGAUCAUUGGAUUGCUUUUGCCAUUUGUGCUAUGCCCCUACAUCUAUCUAUCUAUCUAUCUAUCUAUCUAUCUAUCUAUCUAUCUAUCUAUGCCCCUACUUCUAUCUAUCUAUCUAUCUAUCUAUCUAUCUAUCUAUCUAUCUAACUGUACCCCUACAUCUAUCUAUCUAUCUAUCUAUCUAUCUAUGCCCCUACUUCUAUCUAUCUAUCUAUCUAUCUAUCUAUCUGUACCCCUACAUCUAUGUGACGUCGCCCCUCCUUGGUCGCAGCGUCGACUCUGUCACGCAACUGCAAGUAACUUCUUCUUCCGUCCUGCAACUCUUCUCGCCAAGGUCCGAACUCUUCUCUCUGCCCUCUUCUGCCUAUCUGGCCUACAGCUCUUCUGCUUGUCUGGCCUGCAGCUCUUCUGCCUAUCUGGCCUGCAAUUCUUCGGCUUGUCUGGCCUGCAAUUCUGCUCCAACUUCUCUGCGGCUUUCGAGCAAUUUUCUUCUCUUCGACUUGGCUGCAACUUCUCUGCCUGGUGCCACAUCUAUCUAUCUAUCUAUCUAUCUAUCUAUGCCCCUACAUCUUGUUUUAAUCAUUCCCGGCACUUCUGUCUACGAUCAAAAUAUCUCUGUUCUUUGCUUACCUAGUUGCUCCCCGACACUUCUACCUACUAUCGAAAUAUCUCUGUUUUCUGCCGACAAUCGAAAUAUCUCUGUUUUCUGUCUACGAUCAAUAAAUCGCUCCGGGCAUGUCUGCUUACGCUCAAAAUAUCUCUUUAAUAACUCCCGGCACUUCUGCCUACGAUCAGAAUGUCUCUAUUCUUUGCCUAGGAAAGAUGAGUCACUUCCCGACAAUUCUACCUACUAUCGAAAUAUCUCUGUUUUUUGCCGACAAUCGAAAUAUCUCUGUUUUCUGUCUACGAUCAAUGUAUCACUCCCGGCAUGUCUGCUCACGAUCAAAAUAUCUCUGUUUUCUGUCUAG